AUGGACAACAACAGGGCAAAGCCCACCACCCCAAGCACCACGCCGGUGAUCACGGCGCUUGUAUUAUCUGACGAUGACGACGAAGAUGACUUCUUCUUCCCAUCUUUAGAGCUAGAAGAGGCACUAGCACUUUUUCUCGGUGGUGGCGGUGAGAGUGGCGAUGAUUUCGAUGCGGGAGAUGAAGUCGAUUCACCCUUUGGUGGCGAGGGUGAGUUUGUAGAUGAUUUCGGUGCCGAAGCCGAUGCUUGUGAUGGUGGCAACUGCUUGGACCUUGAUGGCGAAGACUGUGGGGUGGAGGCCAUUUAUUGGUUUGAUCUUGUAGACCGAGGAGGAUGGAGCUCUUCCUGCAAAUGGGGAGAACUCCACCCCCUUGACCUAAAAGCACUAUACCUAUGUAUAUAUUGCUAA